UCCAGACGGCCAGUCGAUAGUGGAUUGAUCGGUGUGCUUUCUCUUCUCAGAUGUUACGGGCCACAGAGAGGUGGUCGCGAAUGAAGACACUACAAAGCCACGGAAGUACGACAUUCACCCAUGGCUCGAGACUCUUUCGCUGCAUGUGAUUCAUCUCCCUAUGUGCCUCCCAACGCAUCUUUCGCGCAGAAAGACAAAGGUUCCAGCUCCUCUCAUCAUUCUGGUGGGCCCCCACCAUCAGUAUUGCGACUUGAGCAUGCUUUGCAGCCUUACAGAGAGCACAGCGAUGAUGAUGCAGAAAGUGGUCACAUAAUGGAUGCAUGGCAGCCAUUCUCAGGUCCAGGUCCCCGCAGCUCAUACGACCACACAUCCAUUAGCACACCUCCCCAACACUUCAAUUCAGGUUUCUCCCGCAUUGGUGGCGGUCACGCCCACUAUGACUCACCAUACGCGUCGUUCGUCGUUAUUCGGGCAUGGAAGCCUCAAUCAUCACAACCCAAUACUCAUCCACACAUUCACAAGGUUAGAUACUCAAUGGACAAAACUGGAGCAGGACCUUCUUCGCAAGCAAAAUCUCUGAAGCCAUGAAUUGACAUUAUAAUGUGCAUACACGCCUUUUACGCUUUGUUCUUACCUUGUCCUACUUUGCAUUUAUGAUGUACCACCUCGUGGUUCUUA